AAUUAUUUUUCUUUGUUCCACCUCUAACGUCAUCACCUUUGACUAAAAUAAGCGGGAGGAAAUAUCUUUCCAAUGAUAUCCUGAUAGAGUGAUCUGCUCAGUGGAGCCUGAAAUAUGCAUGGAAAUGCUCAGAAAUUUGAGUGAAAAACUCGGAGCAAAAUUUCCUACGACUACACUUAGCUACUUUGUGGAAAAGAAUUGCCUGCCUCAAUGAUGCUUUCUCAGAAAUUAUUGAACUGGAAGAAAGCCCAGUAGAUAGUCAAUCACUGCACUGCAGCACAAAGAUAAGAAAAGGAGAAAAAGGAAAGGUAAAAAAAACAAACAAACAAACAAAAAAAUUAAAAAGAACAAAAAGCCUAAGACAUUGUUCACAACUCCAAAAAAUCUCCAAAUUUUGAUUUUUGUGGAUGCCCAAGCAAAAAUGUCUUAACACGCGUUGCUAGUGGGAAGAAAGGCAUGCUGUCAUGUUGCAAAUGCCUUUUUGAGUAGAUUGGAGGCAAUUUGGCUCAAAUCCAGACUGAAAAUGUCCAAAAAAUGCGUUUUUGGCAAAAAGCUCCGGGAGUCAAUGGGUUAAUCAGGUGACCAAAUUUUUCAGAAGAUGUGAUAAAGUUGGGAACAAGCUCAAAACGCCAGGAAUUCGCAAAAUUUGGAUUUGGGGUUUUGAAAGCUGUUUGUACGCAAAACGGGCCUAUCCAUCGUCGCGGGUGGUGGGAAAGGGGUGGGGCUCAUUUACACCAAAAUGGCGUCCCUGUUAUCUCUCAACGAUGACUGCCUCCAUAGAAUUGUGUCGUUUUUGGAUGAUCCUGACUCCUUUUACAAUAUCUCUCUGACCUGCAAGAGACUCUUACAAGUGACCAAAAGCACGAGGAAUGUCAUACAUUCAAAGCUGUUGCUACUGAAGGCAGAGUACUACAUCAAGAGUUACUUGGUUGACAUUACAAAUACAAGUGGUGGAAGAGCUCGAAGACGCGAUGUCUACGACAAGUACUGCAAAUUACGAGAUCUUCUUCACGGCUCUGCACGCCUUAUAGCAGCGAAAGGAAUACUGAGCUAUGCUAAAGUGAUCGAUGUGUGGCAGCAAAACGGCCCUGUUGUCGCGAAACUGUUCACGUGGAUUGCAAAUCGGAAAACCAGUGAGGAAAAGGGAGAACCUCGGGCAACGUGUAUCACGCGGUAUCGGAGUGUGACGCUUCAUUUGCCAAGCUGCGACAAGAACAUGGUGAUCAACACCAAGUACUUUCAUGAUUAUAUUGGCAACUACGACGAUGAGCUGAGUAUCCAUAUAACCUGUGGCGAUUUAGAUGUUAGAUCAGAAGGCUUUACCCGGUAUUGUCCUGAAGAUCUCUUGUACUGGGAGGAGGAAGCCGUUCCUGCUGCUGCAAAACCAAUGAAACCAGUGAUACAGCUUCUGCAGAAAGAGCUUGGUGACACCACCCCUCCAAUAACAGAUCUCUUCUUUGUCUGGCUCUGUCUCUUUUUUCCAGAUGAAGGCAAAUUGCUCAAAGAACACCAACUUAGUUUCAAAGAUGCUGGAAGAAAUGCGAAACCAACUCCUGGUUCUGUCCAGAUAGCUAUAGAUCGGUUCCAUCAGAAUCUUCAAGCUGAAACUAAAUUCCAAAACCUGGUGUCUGGAUGGAAGAAUGAGGAUGAACAACAAUCAAAGUAUUCCAAGAUGAUUGUAGAAACCAUUCAUCUCUUGUGUCAGAGAUUGCAAUUGAAGCUCCUUCAGGGGCUGCAAGAAGAUGCUGCCAGCUUCUAUCACAUUGCGUACGACUACGAACUGAAAAAACUGCCCAAGCAACUUUUGCUGGACUUAAUUCUGCGUACAUCAUUAGACGAAAGCAAUUACAGCCCUGGUUCAAUUUCUGACAAGUUUGUAGAGAGCACAGUUUCAUUCAGGUGUAAGGGGAACAAAAUCAUUAGUCUAUGGGGUGGCAUGCAUGGGGAUGGAGCAAGUUAUCCAUCCUGGGACAGGUUAGAGCUUAAAUUCAGGCUACCAGAUGGCAAAAUGUUAACGUUAGACACAGGGUACCUUAAUUACAGAUCCAAAAAGAGACCAUUACCAAUUGAACAACUGAGCCCGGUUACAGAGCUUCUUCAGGAAGGUAUCAAUGAUAGGAUGGAAGGUGAGAAGAUCCCAAAGCUCGAUAACAUGUUCACAGCCGUCUAUUUCUUACAUACACUAAACUUUUCAGAGGCUGAAGGAACUUUCUUAGGAGAACAUAAGCAGCUGAUCAAGUCGGACUCAGAUGAAGAAUCUUCAUCUGAGGACAGUGAGCCAUAACUAUUAGAAUUUAGUCACCAGAGACUGUACUUGUUGUAUUCACAAUCCCAUUAUACCCACUGAUAACCUUGGUACAUGAGGGGUCCAGGUUAUACCUAGUAGAUGCAUUGUGUCCUGUGUGUAUGAAUUCAUACAUUACAUACUAUUGUACAAGUUAUUUCAUUUAUGUAUUUAUGAUCAGGAUCUGUAGAGGGUAUUAUGUAGUGAGUAGCUGUAGUGAGCAGAAGACUUAAGUUUCCCAAUUCUGGAAGUGAGACAAACUAGUCAAUCAGUAAAUUUCUCUGCUUAGCCCCCUGAUCCCCCCCAACCCCUCCCCUGUCAGGCAUUGAAUUAUAAAAUAACAAACCAUGAUGAUAUGUUCAGGUUAAAAAAAAAAA